AUGCCGAAGCUGGAGGAUAACAGCCACGCCUCAUGGCCGGUAGAAAGCCAGUCAUGGGAUAGCUUUGACAUUCACACGUCGGACAUCAGCUUGUGCCGGGCGUGCAAGGUGAGCAUCUGCUGGAAUGGCGCGCAGAAGUGCGUCGGUUGCGUCUCUGGCCUCCCGAGACCUCUUCCAAGCAAGUUCCUGCGACAGCUGCGAGACGAGCUCGCCAGCCGCGAUGCCACCGUCAUGCUGCGGUGGCUCGACGGCACCGGACGAGUUGUGCACCACGGAGCGGUGGAGCGUGAGCCGGCGUGCGUCGACAAAUCGCAGAGGGCGGACAUGUGCGACAUGCUCUCACUGUACGUCCUGAAGAACGGCUGGGCCGCCUGGGCUCUGGAUCUCGCCGCGAGGGAGCUGCGUGGGAAGCCGGUGGAGAAGAGCCAUGUAAGCGGCGGGUAUAAGCGCAGCCGGCCGAUCGAGGACGACGCUGGUCCAAUUGCGCACUGGUGCUCAUGCGGCAAUCGGAAGCUAGAGUCGUCCGGACAGGCACAAUCCCUGUCCAUCGAGGUCGCCAUCGGGGCGCUGAAGGAACAGGCCAAGGCGCUCAAGGCGCCGGGCAAGCAACAACACCAGAAGCCAACCACCCUGACGCGCCAGGCCGGCGUGACGAAGAAACAGGCCAAGACGCAGAAGAAGCUGCCCCCAGUUUCGACGCGACAGCUCAGAUCAUCGACAAAGCAGCAGCUUGAAGCCUCCAAGAAUGCGCCACCCGCAGCCUCCGAGGCGGCUCCCAAGUCCGAAGAGGUCGUCCGCGCACGCGUGCCCACCAGAGAGCAAAUCGACCUGGCUUAUGAGCGUGGCAUGUGGGCGGGCGCGACGCCUGAGAUCUUCGCCGACGCACUGUGGUUGGCCGGGCCUGGCCGCCGGCAGAUUGAGAAGGAGAGCGGCAAAGCCAGCCAGGAGAUGCCCAGGGGCGCCCGCGGCUCCGUCGAGACGGUGCUGCUGCACUACUUCUUCAUGAACAACCACAUCAACACGCUGACCGACGGCCUGGAGGUGACGGUGCUGGGCGCCUAUCUGGCCGCUCUGGACCAUGGAAAGGUUCGAGACAGCGACUUCACAGCGUAUGCCGGCGACAUUGCGCGCCAUGCAAGCCUGGCCCGCUGGACGGUUGCCACCAUGGAGUUGGCGGUGCAGUGGCCGACCAUCCUCGACUGGCACGCGGGAUGUCUGUCGACGCUGGGGCUUGUCCGGGGCCUGACGCUGCGCGCGUGGGUUUACGCCUGCCAUUGGGACGUCCUGAUGCACUAUGAGCUCGGCAGCAGCGCCGAUUGGGAGGAGCAGGUGCCCUCGUGGCUGUAUAUUGCCUCUGCGCUUGGGCACGAUGCCGGCGAUCUGUGCAGCGACACGCGAUUGGGCUGUGCCGACAACGCCUACUUUGCCGUGGGGGCCACGGCCGGAUAUGAGGGUGUGGCCGCCUGCAUGGACAUUGUGUGCGACGCCCUCGAGGCGGUGGUGCUGCGGGACACGCGCGGCGCCAUCGACAUUGGCUGCGUGGCCGGCAGUGCCUGUGCGACGUUUGAGCGCACCGGCGGCGAUCUGUGUGCCUGUUCCAGCUCCAGUUCCAGCUCCAGCUCCGCCUCCAACUCCAACUCCAGCUCCAGCUCCAACUCCAAGCCCGGCGCGGCAUCGUCGCGCUCAUGCGAAGCCAACUCUGUGCUGGCGUCCAUCUGUGGCGAUCGCCGCAUCAGCGCCGAGGACGCGGCCAGCCUCGUCGGCAUCCGGGACGGCAUCAGGGCGCGCAGCCGCGAGCUGCCUCGUUUCCGCGGGUCCAGGGACAUGGCACAUCUCAGCCACACGGACCGCGAGGCUGUCUAUGGACAGUGUCUCGCCGCCAUCGCGACGGGCGGCAGCGGAGCCAAGCAGGCUCACGCGCGGCUGCAGGUUGCGUAUGCGAGCGCUGCGCAGUCGCUGUGCGGCCAGCUGCGACGGUCGGCAGCCGAGCUGCGCCAGCGAGUUGGCGGGGAUGCGCUGAACCUGAGCAGCGACUGCAUGUGCGGAGGCGAGUGUUCCCUGUGGUGA